AUGGGACGCAAGCAGAAGACCGGUAAUGCGGAAGGCGAUGGCGAAGGAGGUGAAGGCAACAUGAGGCAGAUGCAUAGCGCUUUCGCGAACUUGCAGAAGAUGAUGGCCAUGACAAAUCCGGACCUUUUCGGCCAGCCGGGCGGCCAGAAUCAGGGCAUGCCGGGCAUGCCGGGAAUGCCGGGCAUGCCGGGAAUGCCGGGCAUGCCGGGAAUGCCGGGAAUGCCAGCAAUGCCGGGUAUGCCUGGUAUGCCGGGAAUGCCGCCGAAUCCGAUGAUGAUGAACGGCAUGAUGCCUCAAGGCGGCGGCAAUGUUGUUCCACCAAAAGCCGGUGGCAAGGCAGAUGGAAAAGGCGGCAAAGGGCAGACUUAUCAGUGGCCCGGUGCGGCAUGCCCUCCGGAUGCGAAGCCCCUACCCGGGCUGAAGCCCGGGGAUUGGAUUUGCCCAGCCUGUGGUCAGAACUGCUUCGCCUCGAAGUUCACUUGCCCGAAGUGUGGCAGGCCAAAGAGGGGCGAAGAGACCGAUGUCUACGUCUCGGAGCACGGCCGGAUCCAUCCCGACAUCCAGGAGCUCUGUGACGAGUUUUACAUCGAGACCCGCCACAUCGAAAAGUUGAACGAGCUCAUGAAAGACAGACAUGACACCUGGGUUGAGGACUUGAAGAAGCUGAAAGAGAUCAUGGAAGAGGCCCGAUCUCCCUGCGGUAUGCUCGUCGUCAAGAUGAAAGAGAUGGAAGAUGGUACUUUUGUGGCGAUCAACCGCGACAAGAGGAUGCAGCACCUCAAGGAGAAGUUCAAGCUCGACCGCAUCGCGGAGACGCGCUUGUCAGAUAUUCUGGCACGGUGCUCCGACGAGAAGAAAGACGAAUACUACCACGACCUGGAGAGGCAUUUUGAGUGCUCCGGCAAGCCAUCCGCCACGGCGAUGCUCCUCAUGAAGAAGUUAGCAAACGGAGAGCCUCUGGGCCCGCCAGGACGUCCAGGCCCAGGAAGCUGGCUGGAUCGCCAAAAGAAUGGUGACCGCAAUGAUCGCGGCGGAGGCGAGCGCGGAGGUGGCGGCGGCGGAGGAGGCGGAGGAGGCGACCGUGGUGGCGACCGUGGUGGCGACCGCGGCGGUGAUCGUGGCGGUGACCGCUAUGACCGCGGAGGAGACCGACGUCGUGAUCGUGACGAUCGAGGGGACCGCCGUGAUGGUGGAGGUGGCGGCGGCAGGAGUCGCAGCCGCCAUCGCGACCGGGAUGAUCGUGACCGUCGGGACCGGGACCGCCGCUCUCGAUCACGCGGCCGCCGUGAUGACCGUGACGGAGAUCGGGAUCGCCGUGACCGCGGCGGCGACGACCGAGGUGAGCGCGGUGACCGUGACCGCCGUGGCGAGGAUCGUCGCCCGCCACCUCCGCCGCCAUCCCAGGAGCCAGCAUUUGUGCCCAAGCCGAAGGGCAUGGAGAAGCCAGAGAAGGGUGAAGGGUGCAAGGCGAAUCAGACCCCACCGGGUGCAGAGCAAGACGAGGUGAGGUGCCGGCUGCUCGAGCAGAUACAGCGAGGAGAUGCCUUGCAAGCCCUGGCAACAGCCCCGGCGCGGCUGAGGGAGGACCACUUGUUGGUCUUGGCAGCCGUGCAGGUGAACGGCUGGGCUUUGGACUCGGCGGCGGCGAAGCUGAAGCGUGACCGAGAGGUGGUCUUGGCAGCGGUGCGACAGAGCGGGCUAGCUUUGGAGUUUGCCCAUCGGCGCCGGAAAAGCGACUUGGGCGUUGUCCUCGCUGCGUUGGAGGAGAACGGCUCGGCGCUCGAGUUCGCAGCGCCGGAGCUGAGAAAUAACCCGGAGGUGGUCUUGGCGGCGGUGCGUCAGGAUGGCACAUGUUUCCGAUUCGCCUCCCCAGAACUCUGCGGGAACAGGUCCUUCGUCCUUCAGGCGAUCCAGGCGACGAAGGCCUGGUGGCUUCUGAAAUUUGCCUCCCCGAAGCUCCUUGCGGAUGAAAGCUUUGUGGAGGAAUGCUGGGCCUGCGCCGGGUUCGGCUUGGUCUUCACCUUCUACGAGAACUAUGCCUGCUCUGCGAUGAUGCGAAAGCUCUUCAAGACCACAGGGGCCUCCGUCCCCGGAGGCCCCGCCUAUGCUGGAGUCAUGGAGAUGCUGAACGGAGCCGAACAUGGGAGCACUGCCACCGUCUGGUUCGGAGAUGAGCUGGUCUUCGGGAACACCGCAGACGAUGGCAACUGGAUCCAUCCGAGUGGCGACUGUGGCCGGGACAACGUCCCAGUGCCCAUCGGAGACUGCGAUGCGAAAUGGAGGUCUCCCGUGGAAUCGCGAAGUGCUCGACAAGAGCCAGACCCCGGAGAAAGCUACAAGUGCUGGUGUUGCCACUGGAUCCGAGAGGUGCUGAAGCACCAUGAGAGCGGUGCCAUCAUCUGCUGCGCCGUUUCGAACAUCUAUGAAAAGGGUUGGGUGGAACUGUACAGCGCCGGCUCUUCCGAGCUCUCGGAUGUGGACGCUACGGCUCUCGACCUACCAAAGGAAGUCUUCCGGAACGGCCAGCCCAAGGGUUGGGGAGAAGGGACGAUAAGGAUCUCCAACAAGCUCAGCUUCCAUCGGAAAGCGCCCAUCCACUCGGACACAAGGAAGCCAUUGGGGGUGGGCUGUCGAUGGGAGCGACAAGUUUUAGAUAACCUCGGCUUUCCUGUCUACGCCUUCUUCAUGCCCUAA